AUGACGGAUAAUAGGUCUUCGUCAGCGUUGUUCAAGAGAGCGGAGCAGUUGAAGAGAUGGGAAGAGUCGGACACGAACAAGCAGUCCCCGACGCCGCGUCGGGCCUCGAGAAUUCAAUUUUCAUCUGGGAUAGUGUUUUUGGCGGCUUGUACGGCAGGCGACAAGGAUGAGGUGCAGAGACUGUUGAAAAGAGGCGCCGACAUCAACACUGCCAACGUUGACGGCCUCACUGCUCUCCAUCAGGCGUGCAUAGACGACAACUUGGACAUGGUGGAGUUUCUCGUGACGCACGGCGCUGACGUCAACCGCGGGGACAACGAAGGCUGGACUCCGCUGCAUGCCACUGCGUCUUGUGGAUUUCUCAGCAUAGCUAGGUACCUGUUAGAAAACGGCGCGGACGUUGCCGCAGUGAAUUACGAUGGAGAACUGCCCGUGGACAUCGCAGAAAGCGAUGAAAUGGCAGAGUUGCUGCAAAAGGUCAUCGAUGAGAAAGGCGUGGACUGCGACAAAUCCCGCAGUGCUGAGGUGGACACACUGCUGAGUGACGCUCGCAAUUGGGCAGCUAACGGCUAUGUUGAGGUCAGAGACAUGAACGGAGGAACCCCGCUCCAUGUUGCGGCAGCUAAAGGAUACAUCGAUGUGGCUCUUACUCUGCUAGAGGGGUGCAGCGCUGAUCCAGACUGUGUUGACUAUGAAGGUUGGACGCCACUCCACGCGGCUGCUCUCUGGGGACAGAAAGAAGCAGCCGCGUUACUACUCCAAUACGGAGCCGACCCACUUAUCAAGAACUAUUCAGGCCAAACCUGCAUGGACCUCGUCGAUCCGGCGAUGACGUCUUGGCUGGCUGACGCGAUGAAUGCGCAGCGUCGCAUGAACAACAACAAUAACAAACGCAAGCGCAGCCCGCCACAACAUGACGCUAAGCGAGUCGACAUCGAGAUCAACGCGCAACCAGAGAAAGUCGUCAACGGUAAGACUACAGACAAGCCGCCGGCAUCGCCUGAGAUUGCUAAGACGGAGGGCAAGCCGCCUCGAGGCAGGCCGCCUUCGCCAGAAACCACAGAAAUAGAAUCGUCGCCAGAAGACGCGCCGUCAUGGCGCAGAUCUGCCUCAUUCCGUAACAGGCAACCUGAACCGACCAGGGAAAGUAGCAAGACGGUCAACAAUGCAGUCGAUAACGACACCAUACUGAGACGAACACACAGCUUUGAAAAUGAUAAGAGCUUCUACCAGCGGUAUCGAGACGUGACCGCACGUAUAAAGGCGUCCUCCUGUCCUUCAAUACCGCCGGCGCAGCCACCAACGGAGAGGAAAAAAAUUCCAGAGCACACUAACAAUGCUACAGAGAGUAAUAACGACGAUGUACAAACAAGAAUAAACCCUUCGGAUAGACGGGAAAGGGAAGUGAACACGUGGAGCGGCCCGACCACUACCACGCCAAGUGCGAGUCCGACCAACACCACCACCACAACGACAGUCAGAAGUUCCGCGGAGAGCGUAGAGUCGAACAGUAGCAAUACGUCACCCAGCUCCGCUACGCCCACCAAAUUGUCGCCUGGGAACAUAUUCAAGAACUUCUUCAAGUCGUUUGUGCCCCCGGUUCGAGAUGAGGAGAGUGAAACUCAAAGGAAAGCUCACGCGAAAAGAGUGCGUGAAACGCGACGCUCCACGCAGGGCGUCACACUCGAUGAGAUCAAGUCCGCAGAACAGCUUGUCAAGAAGAAAGCCGGUAAUGGGACCACAGAGAGCCCCUCACCGGGCAGCCAGAAGAAAGAAGAGCCCACACCUACUCCCGCGCCACCACCUACAGACAACGGCUCGGCGCGCUCGUCGACUCCGGCCGGCGACGUGGCGGUGUCGUUAGCUCUGGCGUGCGCGUCGGCGACGGCAACGGCCACCAUCGCUGCCAACAGCGAGCGCCGUCCCUCGUGGCGGCUCAGGCUCGACCCCACUAACAAGUUUGAACUCGAGGACGCCGGUCGGUCAUCGCCGCGACCGGCCACCACGGCGGCUGAGGCGACCGUCACUCUCCCGUACCGUCGCCCACCCACUGGUUCCAACGCGAACACCACCACCUCCACACCUAAAGAUGAUAAUAGGACAGAACCGUCUGGCGAAGAAGACAAAGAGCGUGAGAGCAGUACGGAAAGCAAGUCAUCGAACAACGCGUCGCCAGCGAGCACGCAGGCAGCACUCAACGUGAUACAACGCCGGCGCAGGCCGAAGCGACGCUCCACGGGCGUGGGUCACGUUGACAUGGACGACAUUGUGAAUGACCGCGGUGGAGGCGGCGAGGGCUGCGAUGCGGACAACGAGGCGCCUGCGUCUGGCAGCGAACGCACUGAGGAGAGCGAGGACAAGGACUACAAGGCGCUGUACGAGGCGUCUCAGAGCGAAGUGCGUCGCUUGCGCGCCUUGCUCGCCACCUCCGAGCAACAGUUGCGCGAGGCUCGCGCGACUAUCACGAGGCUCACUCAAGUGAACCAAAACUCAUUGUCUGAAAUCGAGAAACGAGAAAAGAGGGCCAUGGAGAGGAAAUUAUCAGAAAUGGAGGAAGAAUUAAAGUAUCAGCAAACGCUCCAAGCUGAAAACCAGCGGCUGAAGGAUGAGAAUGGAGCCCUAAUCCGGGUGAUCAGCAAACUGUCCAAGUGA